AUGAUAAACGUCACUAGACCCUUGACUCCAAGUUCCACAAGGCCUAAUCACAUUAAACAACAAAGGUUAGCACCAUCACAAUUUGAAUGUCUAACGCUGCGAAAAAUCAUGAAGACUGAACCACCACAGACAAAGCAGUUUAAGCAAGUAAACUACCCACAAGAACUAUAUGAAUCUGAAAUCAGAAUACAUAAACAAAAUUUUUCUGAAUAUGACUUGGACAUCUAUGAUGCUAUGGUUGAUCUAAUAUUGUCAAGCAGACCAAAUUUACAAUUGUAUAAGGAACAGCCAUACCUAACGUUUGCUAUUCGUUUGAAAUUAAUUGAUUUUUUACUCAAAAUGUCGGUUAGGUUGAAGAUCCUCCCCUUUGUAUUUUUCAAAGCUAUUAAGUUAUUUGAUAGAUAUUGCUCCAAAAGAAUUGUGCUAUUGGAACAAUCACAACUAAUCAUUACCACUUGUUUAUGGAUUGCAAGUAAAAUAGUAGGUGGUAAUAACCAUUUUGUUAAUUUGACUAAUUUGGACAAAAUUGGCGUCAAGAACUUCAAGACAAUUGCCGAUUUGGGAUACGGCUCCGGUGGCAAGUAUCUUGGCCCUACAGAAAGAUUCAGAUUGCCCAAACUACACGAGUUGGUCAAAUUAUGUGGUGCUAAAUGUAAAUAUGAUCUGGGAAUGUUUAAACAAAUGGAAGUGCACGUAUUGAACACUUUAGAGUGGAGUCUCAAUGAUCCUUCUAUUGAAGAAUUUAUCAUUAGCAGUCACGAAUUUUGCAUUAUCAACCAAGAAGAAGCUUUUGCAAGCAAUGAAUUUUUCAAGAUUAAAGAAUACAUCAGCUAUGCUUCAUUAUAUUCACAUGAAUUAAUUGACGUGAAUGUUGUUGAGUUGGGACAAGUAUGUCUCGAUUUGAUUAACGAGGUCUUUAAAUUAAGUCCAACAAAUGGCAAUUAUCAAACUUUACUAGACUCCGAUGAUUUGCAACCUAUUAAGUUUGAUAUGAACAGGUAUAGGCUAAUCAAAAGAAGCUUAAUCAAGGCUAUCUUGAACAGUUCCGAUUUCUUGGUGAAAUUGUUUAACACUAGAGGACCACGGUUUUUGUAUCAACAAAUUUGUUACCAGUUUAGUGCAGUUAGUACACCCAUGAUGACGUCAACUGGGACAAACACAUCGGCAGCAGCAUCAGCAUCAGCAACAACAGCAGCAUCAGCAUCGUCAUCGACAAAUAAUCCAGCAAUGCCAACUUACCCCACAAUAGUCUCACAUCGCUCAUCAAGAUCUUCCUCGUUCUCAUCUUCAGAAUCUCCUGGAUCCAACAAUGUAUCGCCAACAUAUAACUCACCUACAACAGUAUCCACCACCAAGUCUACUUUCACACACUCGCCAAAUCACAUUCGAGGAAAAAAAAUUUAUCCCUCGCCAUUAUUUAAUAAUGUAACAAGCAUGGUGCAGCUUCAGCCGCAGCUGGUGCACAACUAUUCAUAUCAAACAGCCACGCCAACUAAUUCUGGCGGACAACAGAUGCCACCACAACAACAAUUCAACAACCAUAGUUCUUCAUUGCAUAUUCACCACUACUAUCACCCGCCGCAACCUUACAAGGUUUCAACUACUACUGUUACUCCCAAUAAAAUGUCAGAGUCGAACAAAAUAACCUCAUCACAAGCAAGUAUUGUGUCUUCGAUUCAUACGUAUAAAAAUGGUUACGAUUUAUUUGAUCGACCAGGGCCAAAUAUCAUUAUUCAAGGUAGUAACAGUAAUACUCCAUAUACAGAAAAUGAAAGUCCCUAUGCUUACUCUAAGAGGUUUCAUGGCUCAAUGGGACAUCUGAGAGAGCAUUGA